CAAUCCAAUCAUUGUUAACUCAAUUUUAAAAACGUGAACAUUCCCAUUACCUACCAUAUACCAUCAACCAAUAUCUUCUUUGUCGCUUUUAUUAUCUGUUUUUCCGGCGAUGGAUUCCGGCGCGUGGCUCCUGUUCCUGGUGGUCGUGGCUGUCUCAACGUCCGGCCACAUUCACUCUGAAGCGAUCCUGAGACUCCCGUCCGAGAGCGAGGAGAUCUCGCGCGACUACUGCGACAGCUGGAUGCUGGCGGUGGAGACGAACAACGCCGGGACGUGGAACCGCGUGCCGGCGAGUUGCGUGGACUUCGUGGCGGAAUACAUCACCGGAGAUCGGUACCGGCGGGACUGCGACGUGAUCCGGAAUUUGUCGGCGGCGUUCGCGAAGAGCGUGGGAUUGGCCGGAGACGGAAGAGACGCGUGGGUGUUCGACGUCGACGAGACGCUUCUCUCCAAUGUGCCUUACUACCAAGGCGUCGGAUUCGGAUCUGAGAUCUUCAAUGAGACUUCCUUUGAUAAUUGGGUGGACUUAGCUGCUGCCCCAGCUUUGCCAGCCAUUUUGAGUUUGUAUAACGAGCUUAAGGAAUUGGGCUUCAAGAUAUUCUUCUUAACUGGGAGAAGUGAGUUUCAAAGGAAUGCCACAGAAACAAACCUUCUGCUUUCAGGGUACAGAGAUUGGGAGAGGCUCAUCUUAAGAGGGUCUUCUGAUCAAGGCAAGCCAGCCACUACAUACAAGUCUGAGAAGAGAGCAGAGUUGGAGAAUGAAGGCUACAGGAUCCAUGGGAACUCUGGGGAUCAGUGGAGUGAUUUGUGGGGUUAUGCAGUGUCCGCACGGUCUUUUAAACUCCCAAACCCAAUGUAUUAUAUUCCUUAACAUAGAAAUGGCUUCUCAGAAAUCUGUAAUCUUUUUCAUAAUUGCCUGUUCUAGUACUUCUGCCCAUGAUUUUUCAUGGUACUAUGAUACUUGUUACAACAGGGAUUCUUAGUGACACUAGUUUCUAAUGUGUUGUAUGCUACAUUUAUACUUAUUUUGAGGAAUAAUUAUUUUUUCUGUUGUGUGUGUACAA